AUGGCGAGGCCCUCUAGCACCAAGAGGAAGGAAGUGGCUAAAACUCAAGAGGAGAAAUCCAAAAGGCCAAAGGAUGAUGAGGUAUCCAGAGGAAUGCUUGUUCGGAUUGAAGCUGAUGCGUUUGAUUGUCCUAUCUGUUUUGAAGCUCUGUAUCCUCCAAUCUACCAGUGUCCGAAUGGGCAUUUGAUGUGCUCAAAAUGCACUGUUAAGCUUACUGGGAAAUGUCCAUCUUGUUCUCAAAUUAUUGGGCUGAUACGCUGUUUGGCAUUAGAAAAAAUCAUUGAAACAAUGGAAAUAAGUUGCUCAAAUGCCGGAUGUGAUGAAACUCUGGUGUACAUAGACAGAGCAUCCCAUCAGAAGUCAUGCAGUUAUGCACAAUGCUCUUGCCCUGUUUGCUCAUUCCAAGGCUGUGUGACAACUCUAUCUCAGCAUUUUGUAGACACACACAAAUUUUCUGCAGUUAAAUUCAAAUAUGAAUCUUGUUUUGGUAUUCAUGUUACUGGUGAGGGACGUCGCAUUCUUAUUUCUCCUGAUAAUCGUUUGUUCCUCCUGCUGAUUAAUAGAGAUGUAACUGAAGGGACUGCACUCUCAGUUGUUGGCAUCUGUCCUGCUGCUAAAGAGUAUCAAUUUACAUAUGAACUUUCAGUUGACAUGUUUUCUACUCAUCUUGAGCUAAGAGCAGCUGGAGCAAUGACUUGUGAAUGGAAGGGUGUUCAUCCCAAAACUUAUCUUUUUGUUCCUGAUGAUGCAUUUCCUUUACCCAAGUUACAAAUCUUUGUGACCAUCAAGAAAAACAAUGUGUGUCCAGGACCAGGCUGA